AAGCUUUUCUGAAAAACAACAGUUUAGAAGUGUAAGUGAAGCAUCUAGUUCUGCAGUCUUGGAGAUAGGAAAUUUUGCUGUAAAACGUAUAAUUGUGAAAAUUAUUUUUGUCUUUAUUCAGGGGAAGAAACUAAUUCAAGAGUUCAGUGAUCAAAGUGUUGGGGGUUUGAAACCAUGCUUCCCAGUUCCUCAGAGAGCAUCCUCGGGCCGUCUACCUAUCCAGGUUGUGGCAUUCCCCUACUUUUCUUUGGAGCUGAUGUUGAAUAUUUACCUGGGCUUCAAGGAGGUAGGAGGCUUACUCUUCACCAAAGUAAAACUGGAAUGGAUACAUAAAGGACCUGAAGAGGCUCUGGUGACAUGCAGACAUAUGUUGCAGAUGUGGCAGAUGGUAUAUAAUGUUUUACAGCACAGUGGCUCUGAGAAAGGAAGUAGUGUGACCGAAACACCGGUGAUCAAAAAGCCUAACGGACUGCAUCUCACGCUCCCGGAUGCUCACGAUACUGAUUCUGGAUCACAGCGAGCCUCUUCCCUUGCUGCAUCAAGAAUGGAACAGGCCAUGUCUGAAAUAACUAUGCAGAGCAGCGCAAUGAAGCAAGGACCUGUGCAGCUGUGGACAGCUCUUGAACAAAUUUGGCUACAAGCUGCGGAACUCUUCAUGGAACAGCAGCAUCUCAAAGAAGCAGGCUUUUGUAUCCAGGAGGCAGCUAGUCUUUUCCCCACGUCUCAUGCUGUACUGUACAUGCGUGGGAGGCUUGCAGAGAUGAAAGGCAAUUUGGAGGAGGCUAGGCAAUUGUAUGAUGAAGCGCUCACAGUGAAUCCAGCUGGAGUGGAAAUUAUGCACAGCCUGGGCCUGGUGCUGAGCAGACUUGGGCGAAGGGACCUGGCCCAGAAAGUCCUCAGAGAUGCCAUCCGGAUCCAGACCACCAGUCACAGGGCCUGGAACAGCUUGGGAGAGGUCUUGCAAGCUCAGGGGAAAAACGAAGCAGCCAUCGAAUGCUUCCUCACCGCUCUGGACCUCGAAUCCAGCAGUCCUGUCAUCCCAUUCACUGUCAUACCCAGGGAGCUCUGA